AGCUGUGAUCAUUUCUGAGAAACAAACGAAGUCGCCAUUUUUGUGACAACAACUUAAAGUGUGUGCCUUGUGUUUAAAACAGCUUGAAAUCAUUGAAAUGCAGUGUUAAAAUUGGGGAUGAAGAUGCACGGAAAGUGGCUGCUUUACAGUUGAGACCUAUUUAAAUGGAAUAAGGGUUACAAAAGAAGGAAAAAUGAGUUCAGAGGAGAUAAAAGCAGAGUACACGUCUAGUUUGGCAGACUUGACGUUCAACAGCAAGCCAUUAAUAAAUGUGUUGACAAUGUUAGCAGAAGAGAAUCUUCAAAACGCGAGUGAUAUAGUUGAAGCUAUUGAAACACAUCUUUCAAAGGUUCAUACUGAUGUGAAGUUGCCUAUUCUCUAUCUUAUGGACUGUAUUGUGAAGAACGUCGGUGGUAUUUAUAAGGAACUCUUCAGUCAAAAUGUUGUUUCAACAUUUUGUAAUGUUUUUAAAGUUGUUGACGAAAAAACUCGCGCCGAAAUGUACAAACUGCGGCAAACGUGGAACGAUCAGUUCCCACAGAAAAAACUGUACGCGAUCGACGUGCAAAUCAAUUUGCUUGACCCGGCGUGGCCCGUCACCGCUCAACCUCCCUCAAACGUCCACAUCCACUUUAACCCAAAAUUCUUGAAGAACGAAAAACCUACCAAAAUUUUGAAAAACGAUGGCGCUUCGGUAGACCACAAUAAGUUGUUGGAAAUGCAGAAGGAUUUGUUGGAGAAGAAGAAGGGACUGUUGGAGAUGCAAAAGAAAAAAAUUGAGUUGGAACUGGCGCAGGUCAAUCUCAGGGUGACUGGUGCUAACAUUGUAACAAAAGAUCCCAGAAAGGCAUAUGGGAAUCAAAUCAACAAACUAAAUAGCUUGCAUCAAAAAAUACCCAGCAACCCGAACGCGCCAAAAAUAUCGCCUGUAAGCAGCGCGUUAAUCUCAGCAGCCAAUAAAAGACCGGUAACUCGCGACCCGCGACUACAAAAAAUGCAAAGUCAAGCAAACAAGGAGGAAAACGUGCAAAUUAAAGUAACAAGAACAGACCCAAGACUAAACAACGUUAGCAGCAACAAAAAAUCCCCGCCUAAAAUUAAACAGGACAAAAUUAAUAAGUCGCCCAGUAAAAGCAGCAGCGAUUCUUUGAAGUCAUCCUCAAACAGCUCUUUGGAGGCUGAAGAUAAGAAAAAGUCGCCCAGCAAGAACAAGAAAAAGGAUAAAUAUGAGGAAAAGCGGAAGGAUUCGGAUAAAAGAUCGAAAAAAGUCGACGUCGCGGCUUUCAAGGACGCCAAAUCGUCGAAGUCGCGGAAUUACGUGAGGCGGAAUCGCUCCCCAUCCCCACCGAGCCCUGAAGACGUCCCCCAGCACCAAGACGUGGAUUUAAGGGCUUCUUUGGGCCCCCCGGAGAAACAGCUGCGUCUUCAGAGCGACGAUAAAAGUGUAAGUAAAGACGUUGAUUUGCGCCAAUUACCAGCAAUGAUAGGCAAAAAACGUCCAUCCACAGAGGCUCUUGAUGGAAGCAACCCAAAAAAAUCAAAAACCGAAGUUUUCGACAUUUUGUUUGGUAACGAAGAUACGGAUUUAAGAAAAUUACCGAGUGUUGUGAACGAUAGACCCCCCACACCACCACCUCCCAUUAUUUCCAAUAAAAUAAACGAUGUAGUGGAAAUUAAUUCACCGCCCAAAAAGAACGACAAAUUAGACGCUAUAAGAGCCAAGUUGGCCAAUGCUACCAACAGAGACAAAAUAUUCGCCAAAAGUUUUCACAAAAAGAAGUUGGCAGCUUCAUCUGAAGAGAACAAACCUCAGAUAAUAAUCUCCCAAGAUGACGAGCAGGACAUAAAAGACGGAAAAAUAACGAAGGAGCAGGAGAGCAGGAUUCUAAACCAAAUCAUAAUGCAAAUGGAGAAAAGCAAGCUGAUUGAGGCGAAGAAAAAAGACCUCGACGAGUCCGUUAUCAAUAUUUCCACGCAAAGUAUAAGCGACGACGAUUUGGACGAGUCGUACAACAGCGAGGACGAAAGGGAAAGGGAGAGGUUCAAGAAGGAGGUUUAUGGAGUUGGUGGGAAGGAUAAUGGGGAUAAGGAGGAUAGAGGGCACGAGAAGGGACAGCAGUUUCCCAAAUUUAGGGAACAAAGAUGGCAGCAAGGGGGACAUUGGAGAGGUAGUGGUAGACGUGGUAGACAUUGGGAGAACCCGGUGAUGCACCCGGGUCCGCAGGCAUUGGCGCCCAGGCCCGGGGCGCGUCCCUGGUUAAAUCCUCCCAACAGCGCGUGGCGGCCUUUGGGCGCCCCCCGUUUCGACUUCCACCCUCCCAGCGUCGACAACGACGACAGCAGACAGUCCCCGGAAAUUUCUGCUGCUGAUUUAGUUGUUGGUCCCGUUAAUCAGGAGGAUAUCAAAAAUAUCAACAUCGACGGUACCCCAAGGGAUAUUCGGUAUUACGAUGAAGUGGCGGUUGUUUUUAUGAACUGGGACGAUCCCAGAGAGAUUGGUUUUCAGGAUGGGAUGCGGGGGUUAUCGUUUAACGAUGCGGAGUCGUACAUGUUGUCUUUUAAUGAGCCGUAUAAGGAGGUUAAUGUAAAUGGAGGUGUGUGUCAGGUUCGUUUGGGGGUCCCCUGCAGAGAAAUCUUUAUCAACCACAAGCCCUACGAGUGUUAUUUCGGCGGGCCAGGGAUAACGAUCGACUUGGAGGGCGUCAAGACUCUAGUAAAACUCGAAGGCCCGCCCCCGCAAGUUAAAAUCGGUCCAAGCAAGAGAACCGAUCUUGUCGCCGGCCGAAUAAGCUUGAUAAUCGACGCCAAGAUAAUCGUGCCGGUGUUUCUCGAUGCAAAACCGCAACACUUUACGCUGGAUGGCGAAACGCAUACAUUAAAAUUUGUAGAUUCUUUGCAAACUGUAUUAAUAAACGAUUGUCCAUUUAACGUUGAAUUUGGUGGUCUCCCCAAACCCGUACAAAUCCACGGUAAGAAACACUUUAUCAGAUUUUCAGUAUUGCCGAGGGGCGUAAGGCCGGGGCGCGUGCGCCUACAAGGUAUGGCGGGCGCCCGGGGCCUCAGUCCGCCCCCUGUCUCGAUCCACGACGACAUGCAGCAAAACAGCAGCAGGGACGGUUUCGAUAUGCAACCCAAUUUCUCCAACAACGCCAACCAGAGGAUGGAUUCCCCCGACAGGAACUCCAACUCGCCGAAUAUAUUCCAAAACAUUUUGCAACAAUCCAACCACUUGGACCUUCUCUCGAGCGUGAUAUCAUCAGCGUCCAACGAGAAAGGCACCUCUGGCGGCUACCAAGUGGAAAAUUUCAACCAAACAAACUCUGACAACCAACAAAAGACUUCUGCGGAGGCGGCGCCCGCCAACAGUAUAAACCCGCUCAACAUAAACGACCUGUUCCAAAAACUGGUGCAAUCCGGCAUAGUUGCCACUUCCCCUUUCAAAGAAAACGCCAAACCCAAGGUCCGAUUGGAUCAGCAGAUUCUCGACAACAAACCCAGGAGAAGCCCCAUGGAAAAUCUCAAGAUGGUUUCCUUCUCUAAACCGGAAACCCUGAAAAGUCGGCAGGGUAGCCUAUACGGCGUUUUGUACAGCGGCAUGCAGUGUAGCAGUUGCGGAAUGAGGUUUCCGCCGGAACAGACCACUCAUUACAGCCAGCAUUUGGAUUGGCAUUUCAGACAGAAUCGUAAAGGGAAGAAGAAUAUCAGGGUGGCUUCCAGCAGAAGAUGGUACUACUCUCUAUCUGACUGGAAGAAUUAUGAAGAAAUUGAGGAUUUGGAAGAAAGAGAGAAAAACUUCUUCGACCAGCAAGCCACACAGGCAGAGGGCGCCGAAAACGAUGCGGAAGAGGAGGUCGAGAUUCCUACUAUACCGGCCGAUCCGGACGUCACCAAGGACUACUGCGAAGUGUGCAAGGACAAAUUUGAUCAGUUUUUCAACGAGGAGAAGGAAGAAUGGCACUUCAGGAACGCCAUGAAGAUCGAGGAGAAUUAUUAUCACCCCUUGUGUUACGAGGACCACCUUCGGUCUUUGCAGGAGGUAACUUUGGAUGAGAGUCAGAUUGAUGUUUCUGCCACAAAAGAGGAAGAAAAUAAAGAGUUGAUACCCGGUCUGCAAAUAAUUUUGGAUGACGACGAUGUUGAAAGUGUGCACAACUCGAAUUCCGAAGUGAUUAUCGACGAAAGUGAUGAUGAAAAGGACAAAAACGAGCCCGAUGUUGACGGGGAAGAAUCCAAAGACAUGUUCGAAGAUCCUCCGCAGGAAGACGACGACGAUGAUGUCAUCCUCAACGAAGAAGCGCCUGUGAAAAUCGUCAUCGAUGACGAUGACGACGACGACGAACUUCACCGCGAGCAGGAGAACAACGUCGGAAAUAAAAAGGUUACGGUUAAAAAGGAGAAAAUCGAAAUUGACGACGGCUUUGAGGAUGUAGGAGGGGUGGUCAGUUUGCCCAAUGGCGGUCAUAUUAAGAUUAAAGCGGAACCUGUCGAUCUAGACGAGAAUCCUCUGGAUAUAACAGACCCGGAACUGGGUGGCUCAUUAACGGAAAACAACGGCGAACUGGAAUCGCCGCAAAAGGAAAGCACAGUGUCCGCGCACCCGACAUUCCUAACAUCGAUAGACGGUAACGUGGAGUUAAACUCGAAUGUGGCCGCGACUGCCUCGAAAGGCAUUAAAAUAAACAUCAGCAAACCGUUGUCUGUGAUAGCGCCAAAAGAGACGAGUCGCGACGCCGGGGAGGGUCUUGUAGACCCCACGGAGGGCCUCAUAGACCCAUCGCAGCCGCUGCCGCCCGGCGAGGAGCCCGUGCAACUAAAUCUGAAGCCGGCCCUGCAAGGGGUGGCCCUCAGGAAGAUGCCGCCAGUCGCCAAAGGCGCCGAGCUCAGUGGUUUGUGUUCUAUCAUGUGAUUUUAUUUAAUUUACCCCUUUUGUACAUAGCUAUUAAUUGUUUUUUGUAAAUAUGACGCGACUCCUAUAAUUAUCCUGAUGAAUAGACUUUAAGUUCGUUUUCAGGGUACCUACAUAUUCUACUUUUUUCCGAUCGUUUGAAAGAAACGUUUUAUCACAUUAUGUCCAUUAUUUAAAACAUUGUUAUUGUUGGAAAUAAAUAUUUUUUUAAUAAAUAUGACUUUGUUACUAUGUCUUGUAUCCUUAAAAAAAUAACAAAAAUAUUAGUACUUGUAGAGAUUUAAUGGGUUUUAUUUUUGAUUUUAAGAAAUAAAUAAUUAAUU